AGAGACCGAGGAGGGAGAAGGAGGGUGUAUGAGGGAGAUGGUGCCCACGGCUUCAGUGCUUCUUCUUCCACUGUGCGCAGUAUUAACUCUGCCCUCUCCCAGCGCCAUCGCAAAUGUCUUCAUCGGAGCAGACUUCUGUUUUCCUGUCAACCGUACUAUCGAACAGCAACAUGAAGUUGUCCUGGAAAUGAAGUCUCCAAUUAACCUCAAAAUAAUGGUUUGGGACUCAAAACAACCGUACAGGCCAGAUAUUCACCCGAGUUACAGGGGUAGAGUUCUUUGCCUCAAGCGUGGUGGUGUGCUGGUGAGCAAUGUAUCUCUCGAUGACAGUGGGAUAUAUGAGAUCAUCAUUAGAGACUUUCUGAGAAGCAACGAGAGCCACUUGGUUGAUCUGCGUGUGUUUGACCCUGUCUCCCAGCCGAUGGUGAAGAUGGCCGGUGACUGCUCAGCCAACGUCAGUCUGAGCUGCUCUGCCUCCAAAGGAACAAACGCCACCAUUUAUUGGAGGAAGAGGUUGGAGCCUAACAUCACGUACAAUGGGUCUGUGCUGCUGCUGAACCGUGGCAGAGGGGGGCAGGCAGCUGAGUACGAAUGUGUAGCAGAGAACCCGAUCAGUCAGGAGAUCAGUCGCCCACAACAGCCUUGUCAAGAGAAUCCAGAUCGAGAUCGCAUAUGGUUGAUUCUUCCUGUGAUUGUAGUCGCGGUGCUGGUCAUUAUCUGUUGCUGUUACCAGAAAUGGUGGAAAACAACAUUAAGAACAACUUGGAGUUCAAUAGCGGCCUUCACACAGGGAAGCGACCCAGACAGCCCGGUGAAGGAUGGAAUCCUCCCCUCUGGCGCGUAGCUGUCAUGGACGGUUGGACACAAAAGCACUUUACUGAUCCCGAUGCACAACAUCAGAGAAAUGACAGGACAGGACGGGAAGCCAUUCACACAACACUAGAGCCACUCUGCCAAUGCCACUAAUCAUUCCGGUGCUUUGUUACAUUUACGUUCAGAUGAUGGUCAUCCUUCAUCCUUCUAGAUUUGUCUCCUCCAUCACACAGCAUCAAAUUUCCAGUAAGAUUGACCUCUUUGUGCUGCUUCAGC